GACGUCAUUUAUGCGACGGGUGUUUACAGGGGAAACAACAGUCAUGGCGGAUGUUAUGAAUGUUGGUGUGAAUUUAGAAGCUUUUUCUCAAGCGAUUAACGCAAUCCAGGCUCUUAGAUCUAGUGUAACUAGAGUGUUUGACUCACUGAAAGAUGGGAUGAAGAAUAAGGAAACGCUUGAAGGACGAGAAAAGGUGUUUAUUACGGAGUUUCAGGACAACCUGCAGGCGGUGAAUCGUGAUUUAACUGAGUUGGAGCGUCUGAGCAAUCUGGUUGGCAGGCCAUCAGAGAGUCACCCGUUACACAACAGCGGCCUGCUGAGCUUAGACCCGGUUCAGGACAAAACCCCUCUGUACAGCCAGCUUCUACAGGCUUACAAAUGGUCCAACAAGUUACAGUAUCAUGCAGGUUUGGCAUCCAGCCUCUUAAACCAGCAGUCACUCAAGCGCUCAGCCAAUCAGAUAGGAGCUUCAGCGAAGAGGAGGCCGAAGGUCCAGCCCAGCACCCACGUCCUGACCACACAGUACGUGGACGAAGUGAUCUCUAGGAUUGGACGCAUGUUUCCAGACAUGUCCAUCGAGCUCUUCCGGCCCAACGGGACGUCAGCUGUGCUUCUGGUGACGCUGGGGAAGGUGCUUAAAGCCAUUGUGGUGAUGAGGAGCCUGUUCAUCGACCGCACCAUCGUCAGAGGAUACCACGAGAACGUUUAUUCCGAGGACGGCAAGCUGGAUAUCUGGUCAAAGUCCAACUACCAAGUGUUUCAAAAGGUAACGGACCAUGCCACCACAGCCCUGCUGCACUACCAGCUGCCCCAGAUGCCCGAUGUGGUGGUGCGCUCCUUUAUGACCUGGCUCAGAAGUUACAUCAAGCUUUUCCAGACACCAUGUCAGCGCUGUGGUAAGUAUCUACAAGACGGAUUGCCUCCCACCUGGAGGGACUUCCGAACCCUCGAGGCCUUCCAUGAUACUUGCAGGCAGUGAAUCUGCACCGUCUACAGGGGUCAUAAUACCCAUGGAGCAAGGGAUGAACAAAUUCUCAGCAUGUAUGUCCAUGACUCUGCUUGUAUUGAAAGACUUUUGAAACCACGAGUUGCAUCCAAUGGACCGAAUGAUAAGACUUCAAUAGUCAGGGUUGGUCAUAACCAACAGGUUAGAUGGAAAACAACAAGAUACUUGUAUGCAAUCACUGUACAAAAAAACUUAUUUUGUUGAAAGACUUUAUUUUUAUCCUUUAUUUAGUUGCAGAUUGUCUCAGCUGUCCAACACCAGGUUUCACUGCAGAAAAGGUGGCUAAGAUUCUUGCUAUUGCCAGUGAACAUUACAAACCUUCUGUGCUCCUAUCUUGUGUUUCAAACUUCUGUAAACUUGUGCCCUACUUAGUUUUAGCUUAGCUUUUUUACCUUAAAAAAUGCUUCGGUGAAGCAUGCCAAAGCAAAAGGCAUGCAGCACUGUUUUUUGCUGUUAUUGUUUGAGCUUUUUUUUGUAGUCCCGUUUAUAAAGAAAAGACGUUCAAUAUUUCAUGAGUUACUCAAAGUAGGAAUGUUUUUUUUUUUCUUUUCUUUUUUUUUUUUUUUUUUUAAUAAAACAGUCAACUGAUACAACUAGGUCAUAACUUUGCAUGUCGCCUUUUCUAUGAACAUGACACGUUUUGCGAUUGGACAGGAAUUGCUUGUGUAUUGUUUUUUCCCUUUGUAUACCAGUUUUGAUGUAAUAAAAUCUUUUUUCUUUUCCA